CUUUCACACGUUGUUAUGGCAACGCCUCCUGUGUAACCGGGAGGAAACACAACAGCUGCAACUAGUCAGAGUUAAUUAAAGUGUCGCACAGUUUAAACAGACUAGAAAGACACCCGUGUCGUCGCACUCAUGGCCCAUUAUAGAGCCUCAGAAUCGAAGCGAGAACAGUUUAGAAGAUAUUUAGAGAAGUCUGGGGUCCUGGACACUAUAACAAGCGUUUUAGUGGCGCUUUAUGAGGAGACUGAAAAACCCAACAAUGCACUGGAUUUCAUAAAACUUCACCUCGGGGCGUCUGGAUCAGAGCCGGCGGAUGCUGAAGCUCUUCGCUUGGAGCUCGCUGAUCUACAGCAGAAGUUCAACCUGCUCAUGGAGGAGAACAAAGAGCUGAAAAACAGGCUGAUGCAGUACGAACCGUCGCCCGACAACGGAGCAGUGGAGUAGACAGGUUUUGUUGCUUCUUUUUGAGUAAAUAAAAGGAAAACAAAAGAAAAAAAAUUUUUUUGUAGAAUUUGUAAAUGUUUAUUACACAAUAUUUGUACAGUGAACACAAAGUCACUGUUAGCUUUUGUUAUGUUUAUCAAGAAACUUUUUUCUCAUAAAUAAAAAUGUUUUCACAGCA